CACUCCCCUGCGGUGGCGCAUCGAACAGACGAUACAAACGAGUUCAGCAUCUUUGCAGAGACAAGUGCCAAGUGACAAGCCUGCGGUAGCCACCGUUCAUCAUUCCUGACCAGCUCAAUUGACUUCGGAAGCCCAUCCCAGCGCAUCGGAUAUGAUGCUGAGGCAACCGUGAUUAUCCUGCACCACAGGUGGCUAUAGACAGUUCCUCGCCCGUCCCGAGGGAUUCGAAUUUCACAGCAGUCGUUCUGCAGUUCUUCUCCAGCAUGCCGUUCUCCUCGUCCCCCGUUCUUUAUCCCGCAAGCUCAUCUCCUCCCCCUGCGCUCCCGAUCAAGAAGAAGCGGAGACUAUUUCAGCCGUUUCCAGUUGAGCCUCCGGUCAAAAAGCCCAGGAUAGUGGGAGGAUUUCUGGAAGACAGUGAUGAGGAGGACAGCGCCGAUGUCAACAAGCUGGGGGACAUUGGGCGCGAUGAGGCCUCCAAAGAACCAACUUUGCCCACGAUUCAGGAACACAUAGGCGAAACACUUCGGGCGGACAACAAUGGCGCGCAGGCACAACAGCCUUCUGAAUCCACCCUCCCACCUCUUUCGCGAACACUCCUUCGAAAGAUCUCUACCCGAACCGUGAGGAUAUGCACGACUUCAGGAUCUUCACUACACAUUCCGCCGAGGACAAAGUCAGAGGCUCUGUCCUACGAACAAAUCAUUGCUCAGCGCUCGGUAUCUGCGCCUAAUCGCGCCAAAAGAUCAUACUAUGGUGUCGACAUACACAAACUCGUGGACGAGGCCAAUACGCAGCGCCAACUCCAAGAGUUUGAGAAGCAGAGAAGAGCCGAGGAACUGGCUAAACAGCCAGCAGAGCAGGUACAAGAGGAUCACGGGAGUGCAAACUUGAAAACAACAAGACAUCAAAUGUGGACUGAAAAGUAUCGCGCGAAGAAAUUCACCGAACUUGUAGGAGAUGAACGCACGCAUCGUUCAAUCCUUCGGUGGCUGAAAUCUUGGGAUGAAUUGGUCUUUCCGGGAAGCUCAAAACCAAAGACCCUUCGGAUCAGGGACGAGAACGAACUGUCUCACCAACAGCACAAAAAGAUCCUCUUGCUAACUGGACCUCCUGGACUUGGGAAAACAACGCUUGCACAUGUGUGUGCGAAACAAGCUGGAUACGAAGUACUGGAGAUCAAUGCAAGCGAUGACAGAAGUCGCGAUGUGGUCAAGGGGAGGAUCAAGGACGCCUUGGCAACUGAAACUGUGCGUGGGAUCCAAGAACAUGGCAAGGCAAGACGGAGUGGACGUCCUGUCUGCGUUGUAGUCGACGAGGUCGAUGGCGUUACUACCGGUUCUAGUUCGGCUGGUGGCGAAGGCGGCUUCAUCAAAGCCCUGAUUGACCUCGUUCAGCUUGAUCAGCGGAAUUCCACGAGUGCUACGCAUGACAACCAAAAACUCCGAAAGAAGAAGGGCGACCGGUUCCGAAUGUUACGGCCGUUGAUCCUGGUGUGCAACGACGUGUAUGCGCCCUCACUUCGACCAUUGCGGACCAGUUCCCUUGCAGAAAUCAUCCAUGUUCGAAAAGCGCCCAUUGAAAAGGUGAUUGCCCGGAUGAAAACGAUAUUUGAGAAGGAGCACAUACCUUGCGACACCGAUGCCGUGCGAAGAUUGUGUGAGAGUGUUUGGGGUCUAGCAAUGCGCAAACAACGAGUCCCCGGAUCGCGUGGUUCUGGAGAGGGUGACAUCCGUGGUGUUCUGGUACAGGGAGAAUGGAUCGCACACAAACUUCGAGAUCGCGAUGCGUGUCCCAGAUUGACAAGACAAUGGCUGGAGCCGCACCUUGGAGAUGCACAAGGUUGCCAAGGCGCCCUCGGACGUGGUGGGGUUCGCGAAGUUGUUGAACGGGUGUUUAUCGAAGGCGCUGGCCUGCCAAAUCUGUCUACCAUUCUUUCCACUGAUGAUAUGAGGCUUGUUGCCGAGUCAAGCAGCAGUGGAAUUGGAAUUUCAGAUCUGCGCAAGCGAGCUGCCAUCCGAGCACUGCGAGAGAUGAUAGAUACAUGUGGCGACCAUGACCGAGUUGUCACGGACUGUUUCGCAACGUAUCCGACCCAGCCAUUUCAGGACGACAUUCAACUUUCGAAACCCAAUGCAAGUUACGACUGGCUUCAUUUCCACGAUUGCCUGUCAAGUCGAGUUUUUUCGGGCCAAGAGUGGGAGCUGGCACCGUACUUGAGUACCAGUGCAUGUGGGUUUCAUGACCUUUUCGCGGCAGUUGACAAGGGAUCCGCGACAUGGAAUGAAGAGAAGAUAGAAGAAGACGAGGUCGACCCGCACCCUUUCAGUGGCCCCAGGGCUGAUUUUGCUGCUUAUGAGGCAGAGAAACAGAACCGAACCUUGCUCACUGAAUUGCAGUCAAAGUUUUCGGGUCCUCUGUUGAGACUGUUCCCCUGCAUUGACACCAUAGCCACUGAACUUUUGCCGAAUGUGGGCAAAAUGCUUGCACCAGAUGUCAAGCCUGUCGUCAUUGGUGGCUCAGGGGGCUCCUCUAGCGUUGCAAGUGUACGGAAAGACACUGAGAAGGUCUGUGUUAGGCAUGCAGUUCGCACAAUGGUCGCUCUCGAGAUAUCUCUUGAGAAAGUCCGCAUUGAGAUUGAAGGAGGCGGACCACACUCGAACGGUGGUUUCGCCUAUCGAAUGGAGCCACCUCUCGAUACGCUGCUAAGCUUCCACUUGGACAAAGCUGGCAAGCCGAACGUGCCUAUCCGAUACGCUGUCCGGCAGGUUCUCGCCCAAGAAUUGGCAAAAGAGAAACUCUUGCAAAAUUCGCUGUCGCGACAUGCUCGUUCGGUCGGUCUGGAAGUUGGUAACGAUAUAGCUGAUGGCGACGAUAAAGAGAAUGAUGGCUCAGAGAGACUGAAGGCAGCAAUGUCGAGAAGUACGGAGUUGAAGCGGGAUUUCUUUGGCCGGAUCAUCAAUGAGGCUCGGCCCGUUUCCGCAGGCAAGGGGUCUGGGGGACAGAUGGCGAAGGACAAGCUUCGUGACGGAGGCAGAGUCUGGGUAUCGUUCCAUGAAGGCUUUUCCAACGCUGUUCGAAGACCGAUUACUCUGAAAGAGUUCAUGGAGGGAUUCUGAACGAGACUACCAGUCCUUAUGUGAGGUCGUCGGGAGUCAACUCGACAAGAAUAAUUGAACAGAAUGAAAUUGUUUAAUGACCUUUUCCCUCUGUACUGCCACAACUAGGCUCGGUAGGCGCCAUGGGAACGGAGAUAUCUCCUGAAUGAAAAACGGGAGUCCAAAAACAAAAAGAG